CGGGAAAGAACAAAUAUUAGGAUAGUCGGUUAAGUUUUCUCUCUCAUCGUCAAAACGAGGGGAUCCGUCUUUGGUAGAGAGGAGCCAAAACCCUAAUUCGACUGAGGGCUCGGUUUGUUUUAUAUCAGACAACUGAACUGUUAGGGAAUCUGUAGAAUUUGUGUUUCUUUUGUCAUUGAGUUGUUACUCAAUGCCGGGCACGCCAAUUUUGCUUCUACCAGCUCCUGAUGGAGAUAUCUCUGAUAUUCCUCCUUCUCAAGUGACAGAACAGAAGCUGCCCAACGAAGAUGAUAAAACUGCAAAUGAGGAGCAGAGCAAAGCUCCAGUUGCAACCCACACAAGAACUAUUGGAAUCAUUCAUCCCCCUCCUGAUAUUAGGAAUAUUGUGGAUAAAACUGCACAGUUUGUUGCCAAAAAUGGACCUGAGUUUGAAAAGAGGAUUAUUGCCAAUAAUGCUAACAAUGCCAAGUUUAAUUUUUUGAAUUCUUCGGAUCCUUAUCAUGCAUAUUAUCAACAUCGAUUAUCUGAAUUUCGUGCCCAGAAUCAAUCUUCUGCUCAACAACCUCCUGCUCAGACGGCAGAUUCUGCUGCUGUUACUGAGUCUGCUCAAUCUGCUCUUACUACUGAUGGUGGUGAAACUGUUGUAAAACCUGACCCUGCCGCGCAGUUUAGACCACCUCCUCGUAAGGUUCUUGAACCCCCAGAAGGUGAACAGUAUACCAUUCAACUUCCUGAGGGGAUCACAGGAGAGGAACUUGAUAUUAUUAAGCUCACAGCGCAGUUUGUGGCUCGAAAUGGCCAAGCAUUUUUGACUGGAUUGACUAAUAGGGAGAUAAACAAUCCCCAGUUCCAUUUUUUGAAGCCAACUCACAGUAUGUUCACAUUUUUUACUGGUCUGGCCGAUGCUUAUUCAAAAGUUUUGAUGCCUCCAAAGGGGUUGACUGAAAAACUGAAAAAAAGUGUUGUUGACAUGACGACUGUGCUUGAGCGGUGCUUGCAUCGCUUGGAGUGGGAACAUUCUCAAGAGCAGGCAAGACAGAAAGCUGAGGAUGAAAUUGAGCAGGAGAGAAUUCAGAUGGCCAUGAUCGAUUGGCAUGAUUUCGUUGUGGUUGAGACCAUAGACUUUGCUGAUGAUGAGGAUGAGGACCUGCCCCCUCCUAUGACUCUUGAGGAGGUUAUAAGGAGGAGCAAGAUUUCGGCUA